UUUUCCCAAUCUGACCUGUAGAGCUAAAAGUUUAGAAACAGCUCAGAAGGCAUUUGAGUCACCAAGCUGGGGAUGUCAAAUCCCACUGACCCCAGUUGGCAGCAUUACUGUGGUGAUUUUUUGCAGAUUGGGCCACAUCGAAAGGCUAUAGCAACAAUUGAAUCUGCAAUAACUGACUUUCUGGGCUACAAGAUUGCCUUCAUGACCUUGACUUUGUUCCCCAUUCGACUGUUUUUUGCUGCUUUUAUGAUGUUAUUGGCCUGGCCUUUUGCAUUCAUUGCUUCAAUGGGAUCUGCUGAGAGAGAACUGGAAAAGCCCCUCUCCUGGUGGCGAAAAGUAGUGGACUUUUUGCUGAAAGCAAUCAUGAGAACAAUGUGGCUUGCUGGAGGAUUCCAUUGGAUAAAUGUAAAGGGCAGACAGGCUUUACCAGCAGAAGCAGCAAUAUUAACUCUGGCUCCACAUUCCUCAUACUUCGAUGCCAUUCCUGUGACCAUGACUAUGGCUUCCAUUGUGAUGAAGGCAGAAAGCAAAGAUAUUCCUGUAUGGGGAAUGCUUGGGAAAUCUCAUCUCAGAUUACAAAGGCUGGAGCAUGUCCACUUUCCUAUGAAGACGAGGCAAACUAAGGCUUUAAUAAAAUAUAUACGACCAGUAUUUGUAUCUCGGUCAGACCAGGAUUCUCGCAGAAAAACUGUUGAAGAGAUAAAGAGACGUGCUCAAUCUGAUGGCAAAUGGCCACAGAUAAUGAUAUUCCCAGAAGGAACUUGCACAAACCGAUCUUGUCUAAUUACCUUCAAGCCUGGAGCAUUUAUUCCUGGAGUUCCUGUCCAGCCAGUAGUUUUGCGUUAUCCGAACAAAUUGGAUACGAUCACUUGGACGUGGCAAGGUCCAGGAGCGCUGGAAAUUCUGUGGCUUACCUUGUGUCAGUUUCACAAUUUUGUGGAAAUUGAGUUCCUACCUGUUUAUAUACCUUCAGAAGAGGAAAAGAAAAACCCAUCUUUGUAUGCAAAUAAUGUCAGACGUGUAAUGGCAGAGGCCUUGGGAGUUUCAGUAACAGACUACACAUUUGAAGACUGCCAGCUAGCUUUGGCUGAAGGACAACUUCGUCUGCCUUCAAACACCUGCCUUUUAGAAUUUGCAAAGCUUGUGAGAAGCCUUGGGCUGAAACCAGAGAAGCUUGAAAAAGAUCUUGAUAGAUAUUCUCAAAGUGCCAAGAAAAUGAAAGGGAAAAGAGUCAGUCUUAAAGAGUUUGCUGCAUACUUGGAAGUCCCAGUUUCUGACACAUUAGAAAACAUGUUUGCUCUUUUUGUUGAGAAUGAAGAUGGUGUAAUUGAUCUACGGGAAUAUGUGACUGCUCUAUCUGUAGUAUGUAGGCCAUCCAAAACUUUAGAAACAAUUCAGUUGGCAUUUAAGAUGUAUGAAUCACAAAAUGGAACCAUAAUAGAAAAUGACUUAGCUUGCAUUCUGAAGACUGCCUUGGGUGUGUCAGAGCUUAAUGUAACAGACCUUUUUAAAGCUAUAGAUGCAGAAGAAAAAGGAGAAAUCACAUAUGAUGACUUCUACAGAUAUACAGAAAUGUAUCCAGACUUUGCAGAAGAGUAUCUGUACCAUGAUCAGAUGGAAGUUGAGAAUUGUUUGAAGACUUCUCUUCCAGCCCCUAAUGGAUUGUGUACUGACUUCAGCCCAGAAAAUGCUGACGAUAAAAAGAAUCCCCUGCAGAAGAAACUGAAUUAAUACUGCAGCCAUCCUACUCCUCUCCUGAGCCAAAAAGCCAGAGGAUGACUUGGUUGGACUUCUGAACCCCACAAAGACAGAACCAAUCCCACAGGGCCCAGUACAACAUCUGUGCCUCCCCAUUGAGCAGCCUGGCCUAGUGGCAACCUGGUCUGCUAGGGUGCUAAUGUGGGGCCCAGGCUUCUUCCAUCCUGGAUCUUGUUGGCACUGUUCAGGCUGAGACAUUACUGCAACUGUUAUACUCAGGUCAUGUUUACAAACUUUUCUUCAUAACCAUGACGAUCAGAAACUUUUGAAAUGAAAGCUGAGGCUCUGAUGCCAUCACAGGACUUUAGGAGGCAGAGCCCUAGAGUGAGUCACAAGAGCCUGUAAGAAAUCCCUGGUUUCUAUGCAGGACAAGAUAUCAGAUGUUAGAAUGGCUCUCCUUUGCAAACUACGUCAAAGACAUACAGUUAGUUUCUCUCUAGUAAGUUUUCAGCUUAUUUGAUUGGAGAUUUUUAGGUUACUGCUAUCCUCUAUAGGUAGAAACAUAUGAAGUGUUAUUCUGAUAUACUAUUUUCAAAGAAAAAUGUAGCAUUAGGACAAACAAAAUAACAAAGGGAUCAGUUAAGAGAAGUUGUUUUUUCUGAAGGAAAAUGCCCAUUUACCAAGCACCUGAAAUCACUCCAAGUCUACAGUUUGCAUAUAAAGAGGUUUUGUGUGAUUUAAGAAGUUGGGGAUUUUUAGAUUAACACAUGACCUACAAAAUUUAAGUUGCGUAUGUUGUGUAAUAGUUACUGAUUUUUUAUUUAUUUUUUUUUUACUAUUAUCACCCUAGGUGGUGAGUGACCAUUACUCUAAGAGUUGACGAUGUAGUAAAUAGUUUUUUCUCACAGAUGCUGGAGAAAGAUGAAGCUGUAAGACUUUUCAUGUUACCAUGGUACUGAAAAUGAAAUUCAUCUGAAUUUCUAAGUUAUGAGUUUAUAUGGGAAAUCACAAAUACAUAAUUUUUGUUACUAGCAUGAAAAUAAUUUUGUAUUUCAAAUGCUGAAGAAAUAAACUGUAAAGCUCUUGUAUGCUGUAAGUAUAUAUGCUGGAGGGAAGGUUUAAGCAAGUCAGUAUUGUGACUACUUUUCUAACCAGAAAAUCAGUUUUUAAAUAAUCCAAAACUGAAACUUUUUUUUUUAAAUAAAAUUCCUUAAAGAAGUUACACUUGAGUCUAUUAGCAACCAUACAUAUUUAGGUAGACAAAAAAGCUAAGCUACUGUAGCUGCUUGUCUGCGUAGUAAUUUAUCUAGUGAUUUGUUUAUAUUAUAAUGUUACGGCUUUCUGUAAUAACUUUUUAGGGGUUUUAAGAGCCCCUUUCAAAUCAGUAAAUGUUAGAGAAUUACAACUAAACAAUGUAGUAAUCUUUUUAAAGUAGAAGAGUUUAUGUUCUGAGGACCAAGGCUAUCUACUAACUUUGUAUUAUAUGCUAUUUAACUUCAGUGUUGCAACAUUCUGCUCACUGGGACCAUUUUCUGACCUUUUUGUAAUUCCUAAUGUCCCUCCAAGUGUCUAAGAAACACUUCUCUUUUGAUCAUUGAUACUGGCUUAUCUUUUUUUGGAAGAAUAAAAGUUGACUGAUCAAGCAAGUUGCAAAUAUUUCAAAACAAAAUAUUUAAUGUUUUAAAAUCUCUUGAAUAACCAUUAAACUAGCAUCAACACAGAGUUAUGAUUUAUUGUAACAUAUUACGUUAUUAAUUUUUAAACAGAAUUUAAAUUGGGGGGUAGAAAACUUAGUCUCUUUCUUUUUCUUUCUUAAAUGUUUACUACUUCUGCUGCCAGUAUAGACUACUGCCAUAAACAGAAUAAUUCUAAUUGGACCAAUGACCUGUGCCAAUAUGGCAGUUCCUAUGUUCUUAUUGAGGAAAGCCAGUUGUGUAGGAAGCCACUUAAUAGGUAUUAGGGGCCCAUUCCAGCUCUAGUUGAAGUCAAUGGCAUAAAACUCUCAUAAAUUUCAGUACUGCAUAAUAUUGAUGUUUUUUUCUGCUGUAGAUGUCCCUACAAGCAAGUUUCUAUGGUAUAUGUGUACAUAGACCAUUAUCUUUGAAGUGAACUGAAUUAUAUUUCAUCAUUUUUUUAAAAAAGGAAAGUAAUCAAAUGUAUUGUUCGGAUAGUGGAGGUGCUUUGACUGGAUGUUAUCCCUUUUCCAAAUGAAGUAUAGUUUCAGUGCUAAAAAAAUGAUUCUAUAGUUUUUAUUAAAAUGCAUGGAAAACAGCAUAUUUAAAAAACUGGAUUUGUGUUUUGUAUGUUUUCUCAAUUUUUAAACAGUCUGAGUCUAAUGGUACCUCAUAAUACCAGUGAUGUUCAGUAAGUAAUUUCAUAAAGGAAAUACCUCAACUUGAGCAAAUAUGUUUUCCUGUUAAUUGAAAAUAUGUCUUCUUUAAUAUUGACUAUGAAAUGCUAUAAACUGAACUGAGCCAAGCAGCAAUGUAAUUACAUAAGUUUAAACCAUGCUUUGAGUGGUACGCUGAUUUACUAAAAGAGAAUUGACGUCAGUAUUUAUGAAUUAUUCCAGGGGCUCCUUAUGAGUGUUAAUGUGCAUUAUGAAAUCACUGUUCAUUUUGCUCAAUGGGACAUUUUCCUUGUGACUCUUUUGCUGUAAAUUGAAUUUUCAGUAUGGAGCCAAA